AUGCGGUACAUUAAAACAACAUUGUUGCCAGAGCAGAGCCCCGACGCCCUCCGCCUCUCACUGUUCCCAACUCUCACUUCUCCUCCUUUGUGUUUACUGUUUUCUCUGUUAACCUUUUUAUACUUCAACCCAGGCAAGGUUUAUCUUAAACCACACAACCCAGGCAAGGUUUAUCUUAAACCACUCAACCCAGGCAAGGUUUAUCUUAAACCACACAACCCAGGCAAGGUUUAUCUUAAACCACUCAACCCAGGCAAGGUUUAUCUUAAACCACUCAACCCAGGCAAGGUUUAUCUUAAACCACACAACCCAGGCAAGGUUUAUCUUAAACCACACAACCCAGGCAAGGUUUAUCUUAAACCACUCAACCCAGGCAAGGUUUAUCUUAAACCACACAACCCAGGCAAGGUUUAUCUUAAACCACUCAACCCAGGCAAGGUUUAUCUUAAACCACACAACCCAGGCAAGGUUUAUCUUAAACCACACAACCCAGGCAAGGUUUAUCUUAAACCACUCAACCCAGGCAAGGUUUAUCUUAAACCACACAACCCAGGCAAGGUUUAUCUUAAACCACUCAACCCAGGCAAGGUUUAUCUUAAACCACACAACCCAGGCAAGGUUUAUCUUAAACCACUCAACCCAGGCAAGGUUUAUCUUAAACCACUCAACCCAGGCAAGGUUUAUCUUAAACCACUCAACCCAGUCAAGGUUUAUCUUAAACCACUCAACCCAGGCAAGGUUUAUCUUAAACCACUCAACCCUGUCAAGGUUUAUCUUAAACCACUCAACCCAGGCAAGGUUUAUCUUAAACCACACAACCCAGGCAAGGUUUAUCUUAAACCACUCAACCCAGGCAAGGUUUAUCUUAAACCACUCAACCCUGGCAAGGUUUAUCUUAAACCACUCAACCCAGGCAAGGUUUAUCUUAAACCACUCAACCCAGGCAAGGUUUAUCUUAAACCACUCAACCCAGGCAAGGUUUAUCUUAAACCACUGAAACCAGGCAAAGUUUAUCUUAAACCACACAACCCAGGCAAGGUUUAUCUUAAACCACUCAACCCAG